AUGGCGGCAACAGACAGCACAGAAUCACAACCCUCCGCACCCCCAAUUCGAGAAAAUCGAGAUUAUCCCAAUCUGCUCCUCAAGCUAAUGAGCAAGAGAAGAACAUGGGUCUGCCUCUUUGUAUCCGUUUACGCCGUCCUACUUUCUCUCUCAUGGAACCUCCUCAAAUCCGUCCUCUCAUGGUACGAAUUCGAGUCCACGUCAGUAUAUACUUCUUCCUCGUCCGGGUGGCUGGUGCUGUACGCCUCUCUGCUUCUCGGCGUUGCUUUCGGCGUUUUGUCCAUUGUGGCGGCGCUGGCGGUGGCCGUGCCGGCCACCAUGGUGACGUGGAUAACCGUCCUCGUGCUCUUGACUUUCUGCGGGAAGCCGAGAAAGGCUCUGGUUGUGGAGGGCAAGAAAUUGACGGCUGAGAUUGUUGAGUUUGUGGUCAGGGUUUUGAUCAAGGAAGGGAAUAUUGUUGCUGCGAUUUGUGCAGUUCUAGGAUAUUAUGCCCUGGUUGGGAGGAAUAAGGAUGUUGAUUGA